AUGAACCAGGUUGAUCGGGUUCACUCAGGAAGACAUAUCAACGAUCAGUCUAUUUAUCACAGCGACGAAUCCAAUGACGAGGAGGAAUCAAUCGAAGGCGGAGAUACAUCAGACACUAUCCAAGAAGUGAGAAACGGAAUAGCCAACGAGCGGGAUCUCGAUUUGGAAAAGUCCCGGCAACCAGAGCUCGAGAAAACACGGACAGCGAAGUCGAAUCAGUCUCCCCAUGAUCCAAAGCUGGUGACGUGGGAUGGCGAUGAAGACCCAGAGAACCCCAAAAACUGGAGCAUGAAAAAGAAGUGGGCUGCGACUAUCACGGUCUCCCUUUUUACUUUCAUUUCACCUGUCUCCUCAUCAAUGGUUGCUCCUGCGCUUUCAUCUCUCGCUGCUGAGUUCAAUGUGACAGAUGAAGUGGUCUCUCAACUCAUGCUCUCAAUUUUCGUCCUCGCAUACGCAGUUGGCCCUUUGUUUCUAGGUCCUCUGUCAGAAAUCUACGGGAGAACAAUUGUUCUUCAGUUGGCAAAUCUUUUCUUCUUGGUCUUUAACAUCGGCUGUGCUGUGUCAAAGACCAAGGUGCAAAUGAUCGUCUGUCGUUUCUUUGCUGGACUGGGGGGAAGUGCGCCACUAGCGAUCGGAGGUGGAGUUCUGUCAGAUUGUUUCCGCCCCGAAGAGCGUGGCAAAGGAAUCGCCAUUUACAGUCUCGCGCCCCUUCUAGGUCCUGCCCUCGGCCCAAUCGCAGGAGGUUUCAUAGCCGAAAACACAACAUGGCGAUGGGUGUUCUACUCAACUUCCAUUGUGGAUGGUCUCAUUCAAUUGAUGGGUCUGUUCUUUCUUCGCGAAAGCUAUGGCCCAAAGAUUCUGCGGGAUCGCGCUAUACGCCUGCGAAAGGAAUCGGGCGACGAAUCAUACCAAACAGAAGCCGAACGCCAAAAGAAAUCUCUUCCAGAGAUCCUGCGCGUCGCUCUUAUCCGCCCUUUCCGCCUCCUCCUCACUCAACCCAUCGUGCAAGUUCUCGCCCUGUUCAUGGCUUACAUUUAUGGAAUUAUGUAUCUCGUUCUGUCGACCUUCCCCUCUCUGUGGACGAGUCCGACAUACUACAACGAGUCAGUUGGCAUUGGCGGACUCAACUACAUCUCCCUCGGCUUGGGAUUCUGGCUCGGCUCUCAGAUCUGUGCUCCACUCAACGACCGCAUUUACCGCCGCUUGAAAGCGCGAAACAACGGCGUCGGAAAACCCGAGUUUCGUGUUCCACUACUCUUCGUCGGUGCCUUCUUUAUACCAACUGGCCUUUUCAUCUAUGGCUGGACGGCACAGUACCACUGUCAUUGGAUAGCGCCUAAUAUCGGUGCAGUCCUUUUCGGUACCGGGACCAUCGUCGCCUUCCAGUGUAUCCAAACCUACAUGGUUGACACAUACACGCGCUUCGCAGCCAGUGCUUUGGCAGCUGGUGCGUUUUUGCGCUCCCUUGCUGGAUUUGGAUUCCCAUUGUUUGCACCGUAUAUGUAUAGUGCUUUGCAUUAUGGAUGGGGUAACAGCUUACUUGCAUUUCUGGCCAUUGUCAUUGGGGCACCUGCUCCCGUGUUUUUGUGGAAGUUUGGUGAAAAGCUUAGGAAGAAGAGUCCAUUUGCGGCUGGAUAA